AGUCUUUCGUAUCUCUUUGAAUUCAGAAAGUAUUUUUGUGAAAUUAAAUUAAUAUUAUUUUCCCUUUUUCAGUUCUUCUUCUUCUCACCUAACCUCCCCACCCCCCCCAUUCACUCUUCUGACACACUCACUGUCGGCGAGAACAUCGGCCUUUCCGAUCAAGACACUUGGCCCAAUCAAUGGCUCAGAUAAUUCACCGUUCCACCAACCUCCUCAAAACCGUCUCCGUCACCCGCCACCUCACCACCGCUUCCACGACGCCGAUUACUGUCGAGACCUCCCUCCCAUUCACCGGCCACAACAUUGAGCCCCCUUCCCGCUCUGUGGAAACCACGCCUCAACAACUCCUCUCCUUCUUCCGGGACAUGGUUCUGAUGCGCCGUAUGGAAAUCGCUGCCGAUUCACUAUAUAAGGCGAAACUAAUCCGCGGAUUCUGCCACCUCUACGACGGGCAAGAAGCUGUGGCUGUCGGAAUGGAAGCUGCAAUUACGAAAAAGGAUUGCAUAAUCACUGCGUAUCGCGAUCACUGUAUUUUCUUAGCGCGUGGAGGAACACUUAUGGAUGCGUUCGCCGAGCUUAUGGGAAGGAAGGACGGUUGUUCUAAAGGAAAGGGGGGUUCGAUGCAUUUUUAUAAGAAAGAGAGUGGGUUUUACGGCGGGCAUGGAAUUGUUGGGGCCCAGGUCCCCUUGGGGUGUGGAUUGGCUUUCGCGCAGAAGUACAGUAAGGAUGAGAAUGUUACCUUCUCAAUGUAUGGAGACGGUGCGGCGAAUCAGGGCCAGUUGUUCGAAGCGCUGAAUAUGGCCGCGCUUUGGGAUCUGCCUGCAAUUUUUGUUUGCGAGAAUAAUCACUACGGAAUGGGCACAGCAGAAUGGAGGGCAGCAAAGAGCCCAGCUUAUUACAAGAGAGGAGAUUAUGUUCCAGGGUUGAAAGUUGAUGGAAUGGAUGCUUUCGCGGUGAAACAAGCAUGCAAGUUUGCAAAGGAGCACGCCCUAAAGAAUGGACCUAUUAUCCUUGAAAUGGACACCUACAGGUAUCAUGGACACUCCAUGUCUGAUCCUGGAAGCACAUAUCGUACACGUGAUGAGAUUAGUGGUGUUAGACAGGAGCGUGAUCCAAUUGAAAGAAUCAGAAAGCUUAUACUAGCUCAUGAUCUAGCCACUGAAAAAGAAUUGAAGGACACUGAGAAAGAAAUGAGGAAAGAGGUGGAUGAAGUCACUGCAAAAGCUAAGGAGAGCCCCUUGCCCGAUCCUUCUGAGCUCUUUACUAAUGUAUACGUGAAGGGCUUUGGAGUUGAGGCUUUUGGAGCUGAUAGAAAAGAGUUGAGAGCCGUGCUUCCAUAAGUAAGACAAACGUCAAGAAACUUGGGUUUUGCGCUUGCACAGGGGGCUAACAGGCAAUAAAAACCAAGAGAGCGUGUGACAAUAAGAGUUGCUGCUUGGGAAGUUCAUAUUUUGGUGAAAGUGCUCUUUGUGGAUGUGAUUCUUUUACCAUAAAUUUUGACACGGUUAGCUAUUAUAUAGGCUGUGUCAUUGCAUCCACAUGUAUAGCCAGCCCCCUUUUGGGUUGGGAAUUGGGACGCUGCUAUUGGUUGCAAUGCUGCUUCUAUUAUUUCUCAAGAAAAAAGCUUCACCACAUUGGCAUUUAGGGUUGAUCUAUGUAAUUAUCAAAAGUUUGUUUCAGAGGUUUACCUAUCAUCUUAUUUUGAGAGGUCUGCAUAUUCGAUUCA